AAAAGAGCCAACUUUUUUGUUGAUUCUAAUCCUCAUAAGAAUCGAAUCCACUCAUCUCUUACACGACAAAUUGCACCAUUGUCACUCCAGUACAUGUGUUGCAUCGUGUCAUGUCCUGUCCUGUCCUUCCAGACAACUCUUUGACUGCCCAUUCCCGAGGUUUUAGCUGCUAACACCCACAAAGCUUAACUUCAACCACAGCCACCGUAUACGACGGCGGAACAAACCGGAAACGGCCUAAUCAACCAAUUGGUGAAAAAGUUUCAUCCCCCUUUAUUGAGUAAGAAAAGAAGAAGAGUUAAUUGUUUUUUUUAUAAAAAAUUUAAGAUCCACACACCUCGAUAACGAUGUUUCAUCAGCUUCGAAUUAUUUACCAUAUUGUCCUCUAUUUCCUCACGGAAUCCCAACACUGGCUAGCAAAAUAAUUUAAUUCCAACCCGAUAUUCAAUCGGAAGGGAAGUUGCGCCAUAACCCCCAACAAAGGGGCAGAGGAAGCUGUUUUGGCGUUGAUUUUUGUUGAUUAAGCCGAUUUUGUUGAUGGGUUCUUGUCACUCGUCUCCUAAAAGGCGGCAGAGCAGAGGUGGGGUUUAUUCUGCCGCCGCAGCGCCGGGAGAGGCUCCGACUGUUUCUACAACAGAGUCAUUUUCUUCUUCUUCUUCUUCUUCAUUUUUGUACUCGACGAAGCCGCGUUGGUGGAAGAAGAAUUCGACUAAAACUUUUGGCGUUGCGGUUUGUUCAGAGAAGGUCCAUGAAUUCGAGGUUCCGGGGAGGAUUUGUUCAAAUGGGUCAUCGAGAAUUGCUUGUUUGUAUACGCAGCAGGGGAAGAAAGGGGUUAAUCAAGACGCUAUGAUUGUGCAGGAGAAUUUCAGUUCAAAAAGAGAUACAGUAUUUUGUGGCGUAUUUGAUGGACAUGGUCCUUUUGGACACAUGGUUGCGAAAAAAGUUCGUGAUACCCUCCCUCUAAUCCUAUGUACACAAUGGACAUCUAAAUCAAAUGAAGACCAAAGCAAAACGAGACAUUCCCGAAGUUCAAAUUCUGAAGAUUCUGUUGCUCUAGAAGGAGAUGAAGAUUCUUACAAGUCAUUGGAGGGCGAAGAAAAUGAAAAAUUCCCCAAGAUGUUUUUACCACUCAAAGUAUCUCUACUGAAGUCCUUCAAAUUGAUGGAUAAAGAGUUGAAACUGCAUCAAAAAAUUGAUUGUUUUUGCAGUGGAUCUACGGCUGUGACUCUAAUAAAGCAGGGUCAAAACCUCAUACUUGGAAAUGUUGGUGACUCGAGAGCAGUGCUGGCUACAAUAGAUGAAGACAACUCUUUGAUUCCAAUUCAAUUAACGGUGGACUUGAAACCUGACCUUCCUGGUGAAGCUGCUAGGAUCCAGCAAUGCAAAGGAAGGGUCUUUGCUUUGCAGGAUGAGCCCGAGGUUGCACGAUUCUGGUUGCCAAAUAACGAUUCGCCUGGUUUGGCGAUGGCAAGAGCUUUUGGAGACUUUUGUCUGAAGGAUUUCGGUCUUAUUUCUGUUCCCGAUGUUUAUUAUCGUCACCUUACCCCAAGAGAUCAGUUUGUAAUUCUGGCCACUGACGGGGUUUGGGAUGUUCUUUCAAAUAAAGAAGCUAUCGAGAUUGUUGCGUCAGCCCCUUCUCGAGAAACAGCAGCCAGAGCUCUUGUCGACUGUGCUGUUCGUGCAUGGAGACUGAAAUAUCCCACAUCCAAGAAUGAUGAUUGCGCUGUUGUAUGCCUCUUUCUCGAGUAUGAGCCUGACGUAGAUGAAAACACGGAAACUUGUGCAAUGCCAGUGGAAGAGGUUCCGGCCACACCAAGCAACGACGCAAAAGACAUCGAAGUUGAUUUAGAUGAUUGUAGAACAACUGUUUUCGAGCAGUCAGGCACUGUACAAAGCUGUAAUGAGAUUGUACCUAUCUCCGACUCAACGGAUGAGAAGGUUGUAGCUGGAGGGCGAAACCGGUCAAAGAGAAGCUUAGCUGAGUGCAUUUCAAAUGAAGAGGAGGAAUGGUCUGCAUUGGAGGGUAUUACCAGAGUGAAUAGUUUGCUAAGCCUUCCAAGGUUCCUUUCUGGUGACAAAAGAUCAGGCAGUUGGAGGAAAUGGCUAUGAAGUUUCUCUUUUUCAAGUGUCAUUUUUAUUGUUUGUCAGUUUGGAGGCAGAAAGUUCAUAUUUCUUGUGGAUAUAAAUAUCUUCAUUUUCAAUGCUCUGAUCUUGCAAAUAAAAGAAAAUUUGUAUGUGGUAAUUAUUUCUCUUAUAUUUGGAACAAGAUAUACAUAGUAUUGUUUAUAUAAUCUCAAUUAUAUUAAGCAUCACAUAAAAGACGAUUGUAUAUCUUA